CCUGUGCGAGGCCACGUUUGUUUUUGUUAUUUUCCAUUGGAGUAGUUCUCCAGGACUGAGCGGGCCGCAAGCCUGCACCCCCGACCUUCCAGGUGACAGCCGGUCACCCUGCUAGGAGUCAGCUCCGCCCCGAGUCGCCCCUUCCCGCCCACAGCUCCACUCUCCGCCCAGCCUUCCCGUGCCAGCGCUGGGCGAGCGCGCCGGCCGCAGCGGGCUGCAGGAGCAGGAGCCCGAGCAGGAUCGGGAGACCGCCGCUGCCCUGGUCCCCGACCCCAAGGACGGACGGGCGGCGGGAGGACAGACCUGCCCUGGGGCGCGAUCUCCAGGAAGGAGGAUGCGCGCGUGAGCCUCGGUCUCCCGCUAGUCCACUGAGCUGCAGCCGAAGGCUCGGAACCGCGCCCGGGGAAGUGUCGCAUGGGGCAGGGCCGCUGAAGCACGGACUUUAAGGUCUGGUGGCACCAAGGCAGGCGCGGGGGCCUGGAGCGACAGUUAGCAUUUUCCUCAGCUCCUGCACAGUGAGAGUUGGGGGCGCGGUGCCCUCGCUAGGCGCGAGUUAUGGAGUCGCCUAGCUGCAUUCAGGAUGAGCCUUUCCCUCACCCCCUGGAGCCUGAGCCGAGUGCCCCAGCACAGCCAGGUGCCACCAAGACUGGCGACAAGCGCUUCCGGCUAUGGUACGUGGGAGGGUCUUGCUUGGAUCGGAGGACCACGCUACCCAUGCUCCCCUGGCUCAUGGCCGAGAUCCGUCGGCGCAGCCAGAAGCCCGAGGCGGGCGGCUGCGGGGCGCCCGCAGCCCGGGAGGUGCUCCUGGUGCUCAGCGCCCCCUUUCUGCGUUGUGUCCCCGCGCCGGGUGCCGGGGUCGGCGGGGGCGCAGGCUCCGGGGCCGUGCAGCCCAACACUGGGGUGUUCAUCUUCGAGCACAAGGCUCAGCACAUCUCGCGCUUCAUCCACAACAGUCACGACCUCACCUACUUUGCCUAUUUGAUCAAGGCGCAGCCCGACGACCCCGAGUCACAGAUGGCCUGCCACGUUUUCCGCGCCACGGACCCUAACCAGGUUCCAGAUGUGAUCAGUAGCAUCAGGCAGUUAUCCAAGGCUGCCAUGAAGGAGGACUCCAAACCCAGCAAAGAUAACGAGGACGCCUUUUACAACUCUCAGAAGUUCGAAGUGCUCUACUGUGGGCGGGUGAUCGUGAACCAUAAGAAGGCGCCCUCCAGCCUCAUUGAUGAUUGCAAGGACAAGUUCAGCCUGCAUGAGCAGCAGCGACUGAAGCUGCAGGGCGAGAGAGGUGGUGACCCCGGGGACGAGAUGGGUGUCCUUGAGGCCGAGUCUCCUGUAUCUCCAGAUGACAGUCUGCCGGAGAAGGCAGAUGGUACAGUCAACAGCCCCCGUGCCCUGCCCUCUCUGGCUAGCCUUCCUGCUUUGGCCAGCCAACCCGCACUAGCCAGCUCUCGGGUUUGCUUCCCAGAGAGGAUUUUGGAAGACUGUGGCCUUGAUGAGCAGCAGGAGUUCCGAUCCCGGUGCAGCAGUGUCACAGGCGUCAUGCAAAAGAAGGUUCAUGACAACAACCAGAAAGUACAGCCAAGAAGGAGGCACGCGAGCGCGCCCAGUCACGUGCAGCCCUCAGACUCGGAGAAGAAUCGGACCAUGCUCUUCCAGGUCGGCCGCUUUGAGAUUAACCUCAUCAGUCCAGACACGAAAUCAGUUGUUCUGGAGAAGAAUUUCAAAGAUAUCUCCUCUUGUUCUCAGGGAAUAAAGCAUGUGGAUCACUUUGGCUUUAUCUGUCGGGAGUCUCCGGAGCCAGGGCUGAGCCAGUACAUCUGUUAUGUAUUCCAGUGUGCCAACGAAUCUCUGGUGGAUGAGGUCAUGCUGACUCUGAAGCAAGCUUUCAGCACUGCUGCUGCUCUGCAGAGUGCCAAGACGCAGAUCAAGCUGUGUGAGACCUGCCCCAUGCACUCUUUGCAUAAGCUCUGUGAGAGAAUCGAAGGUCUCUACCCACCUCGAGCCAAGCUGGUAAUCCAGAGACAUCUCUCUUCGCUGACGGAUAAUGAGCAAGCUGAUAUCUUUGAACGGGUUCAGAAGAUGAAGCCCAUCAGCGACCAGGAGGAGAACGAACUUGUGAUUCUGCACCUGAGGCAGCUCUGUGAAGCCAAGCAGAGGACCCACGUGCACAUCGGGGAAGGCCCGGCGGUUAUUUCAAAUAGUACAAUCCCAGAAAAUGUGACAAGUGGUGGGAGGUUCAAGCUCGAUGUUCUGAAAAAUAAAGCGAAGAGAUCCUUAACUUCCUCCCUGGAAAAUAUCUUCUCCAGGGGAGCUAACAGGAUGAGAGGUCGGCUUGGAAGUGUGGACAGCUUUGAACGCUCCAACAGCCUGGCCUCAGAGAAGGACUUCUCGCCAGGGGACUCUCCUCCUGGGACACCGCCAGCCUCCCCACUGUCCUCCGCCUGGCACGCCUUCCCGGAGGAGGACUCCGACUCUCCACAGUUCCGAAGACGGGCUCACACCUUCAGCCACCCACCUUCAAGUUCAAGGAGGAAGUUGAACUUGCAAGAUGGCAAGGCCCACGGCCUACGGUCCCCUCUGCUGAGGCAGAGCUCCAGCGAGCAAUGCAGCCUUGUCCCGUCAGCCCGGCGCAUGUACAAGGAGAGUAAUUCUUCCUCCAGCCUUCCAAGCCUUCACACAUCCUUCUCCGCCCCUUCCUUCACUGCCCCCUCUUUCCUGAAAAGCUUUUACCAGAAUUCAGGUAGACUGUCCCCACAGUAUGAAAAUGAAAUCAGUGAUGGGGAAGGGAGAAAGAGGACGUCAUCCACCUGCAGCAACGAGUCCCUAAAUGCCGGAGGAACCCCGGUCACUCCUCGCAGAGUCUCGUGGAGGCAGCGGAUUUUCCUCCGGGUUGCAUCUCCUGUGAAUAAGUCCCCUUCAGCAAUGCAGCAGCAAAAAGAUGGGUUAGACAGGACUGAGCUGCUCCCGUUGUCUCCUCUCUCUCCCACCAUGGAGGAAGAACCUCUCAUUAUAUUCUUGUCUGGUGACGAGGACACAGAAAAAGUUGAAGAAAAAAAGAAAUCCAAGGAGCUCAAGAGUCUGUGGAAGAAAGCUAUACACCAGCAAAUCCUGCUGCUUCGAAUGGAGAAGGAAAACCAGAAGCUGGAAGCAAGAAGAGAUGAACUCCAGUCUAGGAAAGUUAAGUUAGACUAUGAAGAGGUUGGUACAUGUCAGAAGGAGGUCUUAAUAGCAUGGGACAAGAAGCUGUUAAAUUGCAGAACUAAAAUCAGGUGCGACAUGGAAGAUAUCCAUACGUCCCUUAAAGAAGGGGUCCCUAAAAGUCGGCGAGGGGAAAUUUGGCAAUUUCUAGCAUUACAACACCGCCUGAGACACAGAUUGCCCAACAAACACCAGCCUCCAGAUACCUCCUAUAAGGAGCUUUUGAAGCAGCUCACUGCUCAGCAGCACGCCAUCCUUGUGGAUUUGGGGAGGACUUUCCCCACCCACCCUUACUUUUCGGUGCAGCUUGGGGCAGGGCAGCUGUCCCUCUUUAACCUGUUGAAAGCCUACUCUCUGCUGGACAAAGAGGUAGGCUACUGUCAGGGCAUCAGCUUCGUGGCCGGAGUCCUGCUUCUGCACAUGAGUGAAGAGCAAGCCUUUGAAAUGCUCAAGUUCCUGAUGUACGACCUGGGCUUCCGCAAGCAGUACCGACCAGAUAUGAUGUCGCUUCAGAUUCAGAUGUACCAGCUGUCCAGACUCCUUCAUGACUACCACCGAGAACUCUACAGUCAUCUUGAGGAAAAUGAGAUCAGCCCCAGCCUGUACGCUGCACCUUGGUUCCUCACACUCUUUGCCUCUCAGUUUCCAUUGGGAUUCGUAGCCAGAGUUUUUGAUAUUAUUUUUCUUCAAGGAACUGAAGUUAUAUUCAAGGUUGCUCUCAGCUUACUGAGCAGCCAGGAGGCACUUAUAAUGGAGUGUGAAAGCUUUGAAAAUAUUGUUGAAUUUCUCAAAAGUACAUUACCCGAUAUGAAUACUACUGAAAUGGAAAAAAUUAUUACCCAGGUUUUUGAGAUGGAUAUUUCCAAACAGUUACAUGCCUAUGAGGUAGAAUAUCACGUGCUGCAGGAUGAACUUCUGGAAUCUUCAUAUGCCUGUGAGGACACUGAAUCUCUGGAGAAGCUGGAGAGAGCCAACAACCAAUUGAAAAGACAGAACAUGGACCUCUUAGAAAAACUCCAGGUGGCUCAUGCUAAAAUUCAGGCCUUGGAAUCCAACCUAGAAACUCUUUUGACCAGAGAAACCAAAAUGAAGGCUUUAAUCCGGACCCUGGAACAAGAUAAAAUGGCGUAUCAAAAGACAGUGGAACAGAUCCGGAAGCUGCUACCAGCAGAUGCGCUGGCCAACUGUGAAUUGCUGUUGAGAGACCUAACUCAUCCAACUAAUGACAAAGCCAAACCAGGAAAUAAGCCAUAGUUUCAGACAUGGCCUUAGCAGACAGACAGCUUCCUUAAAAAUACCUGGAUAAAGGACCCUGUGUAAGGUCGACCAGAAAGCUGGUAGGACAGCUACUACUGGUGGUAAGAUCAUCAGUAGGUGAUGUAGCUCUCCUCAGAGCACUCCACUCCUAAGCCAUCACAGACAUCCAGACUGUAUUUUCUUCUGGUUGUUGCCAACUAUGUACAUAACUAUAUAUAAGUGGACAUAAAGAUCCAUGCUUUCAAAUCAAACAGUAGGUGUGUAUUAGGAGCAACUUUUCUUUUUCAGUAAGAACUUCAUGAAAUUCACAUCAAAGGAAGAGUUCAAGUGAGAUUCUUCUUGGAUACACAAGAAAUCCUUUUGGUUUUCUAGCGAAACAAAUCUAGAAUAUCUUUGUAUAUUGAAAUAUACUUGAACAACAACAAAAAUGAAUGUAUUUUUUUCCUGCCCCCAAAGACUAGCAUGCUUCACUCAGUGUGGUAGGCAGACACAUUGCUUUAGCUCUGUGUCUGUGUCUAUAAGGGACAUGAUUGGCUUCCAGUCUCACUCCCGUGAGUCUCCUAGGAAGGUGGGGCUCUACUGCCCUGCCUGCUGUGUGACAACCAGCAUGUCUAACCCUGGAGGAUCUGAGUCUGGUUAGGCUUUGCUUUAGAUACACAUAGGGAGAAAGCAGGACACUGUGGCUGAGUCAACCCCUCUCAGGGUGAAGAGGACUGUUGCUAAUUUUCUAGCAGAUUAGACCAGCAUUAAUAUUCAAGCCGAAAAUACGAGGCCUCAAACACACCAUUAAGCUCCUGAAUUGCCUAGGGUAGCCUUUUGCCAUUUUACUUAAGUGACUUCUAUAGAGGUAAGCAGUUGCUUGGUGCUGUAUUUACCAAGUGAGAGGGUUUGCUAUUUUCUCACAAAAGUAUGGGAGCAUUCUAUGUAGUCCUUGUGACCUUCGGUUUUAGAAUAGGGAAAUAAAAUCAGGAUUUCCCAAAGAUGAAAUACCACGUUGAGUUGCUUUUCUAAUUUUUUGCUCAAUGACAGAACCCAUUUUUAAUCACUUUCCCCUUUCAUGUGAAAAUGUAGAACUGUGAACUAUUUAGGAACCAAUCAUGAGAAGCACACAGGAAGGGAUGGAAGCGUCUCCAUCCCCGGUGAAACCUACAAGUCCGUGUUUGGUCUCGUGGCUUCUGCUGCGUACAGAUAGGAUACAAGAGAAUGCUCAUGCAAGCUGGGGGCAUGGAUGGCAAGUCAUUUUCCCAGGACAUGUGCAGUCCCUACAGCACAGACAACUUUACAAUAGUGCCUCUGACCACUGCGGCAGCAUUCUGUUUGGCCUUUGUGAACAGUGUUUACUGUCGAAGCUUUUUCAGCCCUCGUCUUUGCAGAUGGGUUACUUGGGGGUCAUUUGCCUCAAAGAGAGUUGAUUAUACACAAGAUGAAGUGUUACCAUAGCGCUCUUGAGUCAAGACGUCAAGCUUCCAAAGACACGAAAACGUGUGGAUGCCAAGCAUCUAGGCUGUUCUCCACUUGAAUGUCACAAGCCUCACAGGGUCAGAGUAGACUUGGAUCUAGGGGCGUUUCUCCUUUUAAAAAGUCUUAUUAGCCAGGAGAGUUGAUGUGCAUUCUAGAGUCUAGGAAGCGUUCAUUAUUGAUUCUCCAUUUGGUUGAGGGCCAUUAGUUGAUCUGUUGCUUGGAUCUUCUCAUUUGUAGUAUCCUCUAUUCAGCGUUACUGUCUGAUGGUCAAAAUCAUUGCCUUGUGGGUGUGAUCCACAGGUGGUGGCUGAGGGAUACUUAUGUCGGGGAAGGAAAUAUUUUUCUUUCCAUUUCUCCAUUAAAAGUAAACUAUGUUCUGGAUGUUGGGAGCCAGCGGUAUGGGUUGUUUAUGGUAUUCAGUGAUUAAGACAACGUGGAUGUGGUAUUUUCUUGUGAAAAUGACUUUUUUUUCUCAUUGGUGAUUUUAAAAAAAAAAAAAUGUGACACCUGUUUCGCGUUGUAAUAUUACAUCUUCAUCAGGCUCCUGUAAUGUCUAGAAUCAUUUCCAAUAAAUAUGUUACUGCCGUUUCCUGA